GCAUCUGCAUUCAUUUUGAAUACAAAAUAAGAAAUUCAUAGUUUUUACUGCAGUGGUAGAAUACUUUGGAAUAAUUUGUAUACAGCAUGGGUCAAAAUCAGCAAAUACAGGCACAGGAAGAAGAACUGGAGUUAAACAGCAUCCAGGAUCUCUACAAGUCAUUCAUCAUGGAGUGCCCGAGUGGAUCUUUGUACCUGCAUGAGUUCAAGAGGAUGUUUGGAGUACAGAAUGGUACACCUGAAGCACUCUACAUGGAUAGCAUCUUCCGAGCAUUUGACAUGAAUCAUGACAACACAAUGGAUUUUAUAGAAUAUGUGGCUGCACUUAAUCUUGUUCUGCGUGGAAAACUUGAAGAUAAGCUGCGCUGGUCUUUCAAGGUGUUUGACAGCGAUGAUAAUGGUCGUCUAGACAGAAGUGAACUACAGAAGAUUGUAAAGAUAAUCUACAAGAUAAAGAAAGGUUCAGUGUCUAAUGAAACAGGAACAGGAAGCCUCACUGCUGACCAGGUGUGUGAUCAAAUCUUUCAAGAGGUCGAUGUGAAUAGUGAUGGUCAGAUUACACUGGAUGAGUUUGUCGAGGGGGCUCAGAGGAGUCAGUGGCUGCAGAGCUUCCUUCAUCUUGAUGUCAAUCCCAGCGGAUGGGUCCAGAGGUACUUGUGUGACAAGAAACUCAUGAGCACUAAAGCUUACUGAAGGAGCUCAGCAUAUUCAGACCAGACUGCCAAAUGGGAAGGAUUGGGAACUUUUGAGGAAAACAUAAGUGCUUCGACAAGCAGUAUGUGAGAGGACUUCUAUUGCCAUCUUUGUGGUACUGUGU